CCGCGGACUACGCAUUCAAAAUUAUUUAACCUCGCUCAUCUUCGUCGUCCAGAACCGGUGAAUCCCACCCUAGAUUCUGUCGGUCUAUGCUUCCACGCGAUAUCUGCCCCCCCUUCGACUGCCUUCCAAACAAUCCGCCAAAUCCCAUCAUCCCGCCAGUUCGCAUUCCCCAUAUAGUAUCCAGACUAUGGCCCCAGGAUCUAUAAUUCAGGAGCUAGUUCCUGAGCAGAAUACCAGUUCAUCAACAAAGACCAACAGUAACCUCUCGUUCAUCCUGAACAAACCCCAUGACGUUCAGUUCGCCGAACGACCUAUACCGAAGAUCUCCGCAGCCCACCAUGUCCUGGUAGCCGUCAAUUACACGGGUAUCUGCGGCUCUGAUGUACACUACUGGGAACAUGGCAGGAUUGGCCACUUCGUGGUCGAAGAGCCUAUGGUCCUAGGUCACGAAUCCGCCGGCACUGUCGUCGAGGUCGGCAGCGCCGUCAAGACGCUUGCACCCGGUGAUAGGGUCGCUCUCGAACCCGGCUAUCCCUGCCGGCGGUGUAACGACUGUUUGGCUGGCCGAUAUAACCUCUGCCCAGAUAUGGUGUUCGCGGCUACCCCUCCCUACGAUGGCACUCUUACAGGCUUUUGGGUUGCACCGUCCGACUUCUGCUAUAAGCUGCCUACCAAUGUUUCCCUCCAAGAGGGUGCAUUAAUUGAGCCUCUUGCGGUUGCGGUACAUAUCGUUCAGCAAGCAAGAGUCAGACCCGGCGCGACUGUUGUGGUCAUGGGAGCCGGCCCAGUCGGUCUUCUCUGCGCAGCAGUCGCCAGGUCCUUUGGCGCUGUCAAGGUCGUCAGUGUUGAUAUCAUCCAGUCAAAGCUCGAUUUCGCCACAGAGCUAGCCGCCACACACACAUACCCCUUCCAGCGCAUUUCGCCAGAAGAGAACGCGAACGCCCUACUCGAGCAAUGCAACCUUGGCAAGGGUGCAGACGUUGUCAUUGACGCCAGCGGGGCGGAACCAUGCAUUCAAACGAGUUUGCAUGUUGUAAAGAUGGGAGGCACCUACGUUCAGGGUGGCAUGGGCAAGGCAGAUAUUACUUUUCCUAUUAUGGCCUUGUGCCAGAAGGAGGUCACGGUGCGAGGCAGCUUCAGAUAUGGUCCUGGAGAUUAUCAACUUGCUAUUGAGCUGGUGGCCAAUGGUAGCGUAGAUGUUAAGAAACUUAUCACGGGUGUCGUGGGUUUCACGCAGGCAGAGGACGCGUUUAAGAAGGUCAAGGAGGGCCAAGUGAUCAAGAUCCUGAUUGCUGGGCCUAAUGAGCGCGCGAAUGCUGGGUCGAACGUGGGAAUCGGCGAGAAUAUCACUGAGAACACCAGUGGCAUCAAGGGAGGAUGCUGCUAAGAGGGUGCGAAGUGUAGGGCCUAGGGCAUCCAGACCUCCACUUAAAGUCAAAGAAUUUGUCCUUAUUGAGGCAUGAAAUUUAGCAUUUCAAAAUAUUAAUAGACGCAAUUAGUACAGUAGGUAGUAGGGCAAGUGUCUUCAAAUCUAUAGCAAAGAUGCCUAGCCCUGGAGGAUACACCAAGAUUCUUCACUCAUGGAAGCACGGACACUUUCAAGGCUGGGCAACCUUGGUGAACUCGUCGUCGAGCAAUUUAUCCCUAGGGAUCCAGCUGAUCCGGAUACCCUCGGAUCGAUGAUGCCGUUGGAAGCCGACGAUCUAGGUUGUUGAGGACGAUCUAUGUUGUUGAUGUUGAUCUAGGUUUGAUACUACUUAGCCCGAAUUUAUACUGUCCAGAUAAUAUACUG